GUGUCUUUCAAGUUCCUGCAAUGGUACCAACUGAGCGCUGAGGGGUCAUCAAUUCAUCGGUCAUCUGAAUAACAAACGACAAGCCAAACUGUAUAUCUGCCGCAGACGGCCAUCAAACCUUUACCAUUAAGUUGAAUCCAGGUUCCAAGCAUGUCCAGGAAUAUCCUCCUCCACCCAACCCUGCCGUCCUCGACCCAACUAGCGCUAAGACGCGCAGGUUACGAAACACUCGACGAUCUAUCCAGCACUUCCGCGGAAGCUCUUUCUAAGGGUACGUAGCAUGUUAAUUUCCGCCGACCUGGUUGGAAGAAAAUAUGACCCCGCAGAACUGGGGAUUGAUAUUUCCGACUCGCAAUCCAUAAUCACCGCAUCACAGCGGCCUCCAGGACCGACUUUGAGUCAAUCCUUGGCUUCUUUGAUAUCUAGAUCGCAGAGUCUUGCGUGCAGCUACGCUGCUGUAAACACGGCACUCGGUGGCGGUCUUCCGAGGGGGCACAUACUAGAAAUAUCUGGACCCCCCGGCAGUUUCAAAGAAACCCUUGCACUAGAUUAUGCUCGAAUUUUCGUCGAGGCAAACGAGGAAGUUAUAUUCAUUGAUACCCAGAAUAUGACAAGUCUUGCCACGAUCAAGAAAACCUUCCACAACUCCUCUGCGGCUACCGACUACCAGAAUCUCGUUCGCUAUACACACCUUCAUACCCUCCCGGAUCUAAUGCUAUUCAUACACAACCUACUAUCAGAAAUUCAUGCAAAGACGGGGCUUCUCGUUCUCAAUUCAAUUUCAUUUCCGUUCCUAUCUCAUCCAGAUAUUCAGUCCUCUAAACGGACAGCGCUGUUGGAGAAGAUCCAUCAGGUAUUUUUGCAAGCAAGUGCAUUGAAUAAUCUGACAAUUAUCACAACCUCCCAAAUGUCAACGAAAUUGCUCAAUGCUGACGGCUCUCCUGGAAACUUUGAGACAGGAGCAAAAGCUGUGAUGGCACCACAGCUAGGUUCAACUUACCUACCGGCCGGCCGAUCCUAUCGAUUGGCAAUUGUGCCUGAAUCUCGAACAACUGGGCAAGACAAGGUUCACUCAGAUGAUAUCUAGUGCUAAAUUUCUGUGACAGAGCAGUACAGCUUCUUUCAUCUCCUACGCACCCUUCAGGACAGGCCCGGCACCAAUAUGAUCUAUCACAUCAUGGAGCAUGAAGCAUUUUCCACCGUUCACGGAUCUUGGUAUCCAUC